CCUAGACUGGAAGCGGAAGUUAUUUUCUGCUCUGCUCAGACAUCGCAUUAACAGCAAGCUAGCGAUCUGUUUAGCUAACAUCAUCACAGUUUAUCCUUCCAUUUCGUCGCUACAGUUCGCUAUUAUUUCCAAUUAAGAAUGUCAGAAAGAAAAGUGUUAAACAAAUACUACCCGCCAGACUUCGACCCGGCUAAAAUACCCAAACUUAAGCUCCCUAAAGACAGGCAGUAUGUGGUCCGGCUGAUGGCUCCCUUCAACAUGAGGUGUAAGACUUGUGGGGAGUACAUUUACAAGGGGAAGAAGUUCAACGCCCGUAAGGAGACUGUGAUGAAUGAGCUCUACAUGGGACUGCCCAUCUUCCGCUUCUACAUCAAGUGUACACGAUGCCUGGCUGAGAUCACCUUUAAGACUGAUCCAGAGAACACAGACUAUGCCAUGGAACACGGUGCCACAAGGAACUUCCAGGCAGAGAAACUUCUAGAGGAGGAGGAGAAGAAGAUAACUAAGGACAGAGAGGAGGAAGAGUUGAACAACCCUAUGAAGGUGUUGGAGAACCGUACGCGGGACUCUAAGAUGGAGAUGGAGGUUCUGGAGAAUCUUCAGGAGCUCAAGGAGUUGAACCAGAGACAGGCUUCGGUGGACUUCGAAGGAAUGCUGGGAACAUACAAAGAGCUGGAGCAGAGGACCAAAGAGCAGGAGAAGGAGGAGGACGAGAGGGAGACACGGGAGAUGCUAGAGAGAGCUCUAGUGAAGAGGUUAAGAGACUCCGACUCUGACUCAGACCAGGAGAGCAGCAGCAGACCAAAGAAACCCAGCACAGACAGACCUACUGACAUCCUCACCACAGACAGACUCACUGACCCACAGGGCCUGUCAGUGGGGGGGGUGAAGAAGGCCAAGGUGGAGAGCUGGGAGAGAAGUGUGGGGGGGCUGGGAGGUGGAGGGGUACUGGGAACACUGGUGGUGAGGAAGAAACCAGUGACCUCUGUCCCCAAACCUGGUACCACAGUAAAUCCUGCAGGCUCUAACACACAGACAGUUUCAAAGGCAGCUGCUACUGUACUGAUGGAGGCUACUAAGCCAAUCACAGCACAGAAUGGGUCGUCGUCGCUCAGUCUCCUGGGGACGUAUUCCGACAGUGAUGACAGCAACAACAGUGAAUGAGAGAAAGGCUGGCGAUGCUUUGGCUCACCAAAAUGCUCAGUCGGUGUCUGAACUUCGUGAUAUGGAAAUGUGUUGAUAUGUUGUUGGGCAAUUCACCUCUUCCACACAACCCAGAACAGUUUUGGAUUUUCAAGAUCACAACAUAAGGAUGGUUAUUAGGUGUAAGAAAGGGGUAAGCAAUUUGAUGCCUGUGAUGAUUUAAAACUACUGUAUUUGUUUCAGGGUAUAUAGGAGAGUUAAAGGGCUGAAUUGUAUCAUUCUGCGUUGUGACCCCUACCCCAAUGUAAUUAGUUUUCACCUGUGAUUUUAGAAAAUAUAUUUUGAAAUGUCCGUCUACCAACUACCCUCCAACUUUGUAAAGGUGUAAGUCAUGUUUUGGCUUUUCAUUAUAUACUCAUUUACCUCUAAAUCAGUGGUUCUCUAAAUGUUUUCUUGCACUGUGGCACAUUCUAAACUAUUUUCUCUUGUGCCCUACCCAAUCAGAUUUUUUGUUGUUGUUGUUGAAUACAAUGUCUGAGUUUUCUGGAGUCAUAAAAAUGUACUUUAGGUCCAAGCUAAGUUUUAAAAAAUGUUUAUUUUUAAGUUGUGUGUUAUAGGGCAAGGGUCUCUGAACCGGUCCAGUAGAGACACUGGGUGUGGAGAAUGUAAAUAUAGGCCUGUAUUGCAGAUAAACAAUUGUAUUUCUAUGGAACCUUUUAUUUAUCUAGCCAAGUCAGUUAAAGAACAAAUUCUUAUUUACAAAGACAGCCUAGGAACAGUGGGUUAACUGCCUUGUUCAAGGGCAGAAUGACAGAUGUUGUACCUUGUCAGCUCAGGGAUUCGAUCUAGCAACCUUUCGGUUACUGGACCAACGCUCUAACCACUAGGCUACCUGCCACAAAGAGUUUACUUGAUAACCAUCUACAAGUGAAUUUACCCAGAGACUUAAAUUGUCUGCUGUAGUAGGCUGCUUUUGUGAGUUUAGAACAUGAAAUCAAUGUGUCAGAAGCAGAUAACUUUUCCUAAAAUGCUCCUUGAUUGAACUUCAAGUUAUCACACUAAAUUUGUUGCUAAACAGGCACUGGUGUGGACUUGACUCAACAACAAUCAAGUGAUUGUAACAAUGGCAACAAUAAAAUAAACGGUUCUCUCUUGCACACA